AUGAGUCGCAACUUUGUCCCCGCUGCCCUCUCUAUUGGAGUUGGCAUCUUCACCGAACCUCCGAGCACUAAGAUAGGGACAGGCUACUACAUCUUCCAGCCCGCCAUCCGCGAACUCGAGGCCGAAAAAUCUAAAACACACCAGUCUCCUCCUGCCCAGGCUCCUGCUAGCCAGUCCUCCCCUGUCCAGUCUCCCCCGUCUGCUUCCGACAACAAAAAAUAA